AUGUCGAUGGAGGAGCACGUCGUCGAUCAGCUCUUUCCUGCCUCGUAUCCUCUUCAAAAUUGGGAAAACAGCCCGCCCAUUGACGGUGCGCUUGAUACUCAAAUCGACGGUCAGCUCAACCCUGCACCUUCCCUGGAGAACUCGCAUGGUUCGAAUACCGUCUACCCGUCGUUUCAGCACCACAUUACCGAUUCUCUGGAGGGUGGUGUAGACGACGAGCCGCUCUAUGUCAAUGCCAAGCAAUAUUUUCGUAUUUUGAAGCGUCGGGUGGCCCGUGCACGACUGGAUGAAGUUCAUCGUCUGUCUCGUCAACGAAAGCCUUAUCUCCACGAGUCGCGCCACAAGCAUGCGAUGCGACGUCCUCGGGGCCCUGGAGGCCGUUUUUUGACUGCAGAGGAGAUUGCUGCUCAAAAGGCGGCAAAUGGGGACGAUGGCGCAGCAGAGGCGGGACCGUCGUCGGCGACGGUUGAUGAAGACGAAGACGGGGAUGAUGGUUCGCCAAUGCAGCAGGAUGCGUCGCCGCAGUUGCCUCCUAAGCCGCCGCCUCAGCAGCACCAGAUGGCUCCCCCUCUUGCUCGACACCAACAGCAGCAGCAGCAGCAACAGGUUCAGCAGCAGCAACAACAACAAGCUCAACAGCAACAACAGCAGCAAGCUCAGCAGCAACAACAGCAACCACCUUCGCAUGCGCAUCAUCACCACUCUCACUCAUCGUCACGUAUGAUGAGCACAAAUCUUCACCAACCAGAGACGGAAACGUACAUGUCUCCAGAGUCCAUGGGAAUGAUGAACAUGCCAUACGGGCAGACGGUGCAACCGAUGAACAUGACCAUGGGCCAGAGUCAGAACAAAAUGGCGGCACCGUCGUCGCACACGAUGUACUCGCAGAUGCGGCAAGCGGGAGGGAUGGGAGCAGCGCAGGGCCCAUCGUCGAUUACGCUGACUUCACCGUAUCCAGCGACUGUUCAAAUGCACCACGUCCCUCACCCACAUGCUCACGCGCGACACCGACAUUCGCAGCUAAACUAUGCUCAGGGAUUGUAUGCUCAGCUGAAUACGCCGAUGCAGCCACGGUCAGAUGAGUACAACGGGGGAGGUAAUUAG